AUUUAUGGUCGCUGUGUGGCACGUACGACGACUAGAAGUCCAUAAGCGAUCGAUACACACGGGACAUUGAUCUAAUAACAAAAUUUCCUAAGCACCAUGUCAGCACCACCCGUCCCAGUCUACAACGAUACCACAGCUGUACCGCCAGCGAGUGCAAGCCAUGUGAACCCAGGCCAUGUGUCAGGAACUACACAUACGACCAGCGAUGUGCCGGGAGCAAAUGCAUCAGGACAUGUGCAAGCGCCUCUAGCACCCGGAUCGCAAACGACCGCACCUCAAUCGACUGGACUUCAUGCGAAGCUUGCCCAAGCACAAGGAACAGGCCCCAACACAACCGGCACGCGUUCGACAGUACCAAACACAGUGCCCCAUGCAACAACAUCUCAUCCAACAGUCGGUCAGCCAGUAGGUCCUGGAGCAACUGCAGCACACCAGGCCCCACUUGGCGGAACAACAACGACCCAUACAAACGCCCCUGUGGGCGCGACGACCACUACUCAUUCAAAUGCCCCGCUAGCCUCGACAGCAGGCGGUGCUGCUGUUGCCGGCGCUCCUGUGGCAGGCGCACCAGUAGCACAGCCGAUGGCAAAUCGAUUGGCAGCAUCUGGACUCCCUGUGCUACAGUCAUUUCAGCCUCCACUUGGCCCCUCUUCCAACGAGCAACUCUACAGCCCUCAGCAGAUAACACUCACACUUACGGAGAAGGUGUGGGCUCUUGGAGAUACAUUUACAGUACACACUGCCGAUGGUGCGCAGAUCAUGCAAGUGAAAGGAAAGGUCGUCUCCCUCCACGGCAAGAAGAAGUUCUCCGACAUGGCCGGCAACGAACUCUUCACACUUGCAGAGAAGAAACUCAAGCUGCACAAGACAUUCCAUGCCGAGGCGCCCACAGGCCACAACUUUGACAUUGAAGGUAACUUCUCCUUGGGAAGCUCAAAGAGCACUGUCAAGUUCGUCAAUGCUUCGGAUAAGCGACCAAUGGAACUGCAAGUCAAGGGAGACUGGCUUGAUCGCAGUGCAAAGAUCACACUGGCUAGUGAUCGCGACAGAGUCGUAGCUCAGAUGAGCCGUAGCUUCUUGAACGCCAGGGAAGUCAUUGGCAACAAGCAGACUUACUUCAUCACAGUCGCACCGGGUGUCGACUUGAGCUUGAUCGCAGCGAUUUGCGUCGCGAUUGAUGAGCGCGAGAACGACAAGUAGUCAAGCAACCUCAUUCGGCGAAGAUGAGAGAGGGAACGAUGCUCACGAGCAUGUCCAGCGCCAAAGAAAGAAUUUCAGCCUGUAGUUCAGCAUGCUCUCAAUGAUACCACUUUGCGAUCAGUCACUUUUCCAAAAUCGUUCUUUUCG